AUGUCUCUUUGCGGGAUGAUCAUUGCAAGAUAUCCCGGAGAGCCUCUGGCCUUGUUCGUCACGGCGGAAGACAUCUUGCAGGACAUCUCGACGUCUUUCCCCUUCCUUAGUUCUUUUAGCCUUCAUCCGGUAAUACACUCAGUCCGAACCGAUUUUGAGAUCGAUGACUACCGUACUCGGCCGACAAAAAAAGCUCGUUUUCGGGACGAUGGUGCCCAGGACAAAACAAUCUCAGCUUCCAAACUUGACUCAAGUUUCACUCAACAAGCUUUGAAUACAUUGGUUCCUGGACAACCUCCUUCGUUACACUUCAUCAUGAGCCCUGGUAGUCAAUUGCUGGUGCGCGGACGGCGACAGGGGCCGAUGGACCCGAUCUCCCGCAACAAGGCCAAGGAAACACGAGACAGGAAGAUGGAGUGUAUUCGAUGCAAACUUUCCAAGCAAGAGUGUAGGCGGAAUGACGAUACCCUCAACGGCCCUUGUAUUGGUUGCGAAAAACAUGGCGGGUCUCAACGGUGGCCGGGACCAUGCGUGAAGGCUCACUUUGGGGACCUUGUCCUGUCAGGCUCAUGCAACUACAUCUCCUCGUAUGCCAUCUACCACCUUACACUCAACAAUGAUACACGCAUUCGCAGAGAGCUUCCCAAGCGAAUCAACCUUGAUGAAUUGGUAGGAAGGGUAGACCAAGCCCGCCGGAAGUUCAACUUCGAAGUCUACCAAGGUGGACAGCCUCUUUACGUCCUUGAUCUUGAUAGCUGCCACGACUAUCUUCAGGGCCUCCGGAACCAGAUGGAUGUUGCUGAGCACGACUUUCCCGCCUUUAUUGACAUAGCUUUGUUACAGGCGGACACGAGUGGUGACGAUUGGGAAAAGUGCAUGACGCAGACGACAUCACCGCCGAGGGAUUGGCUUUCCCUGCUUUGCGACGUCAACAGAAUGCCCAGCCGCGCCAGCUUCUCAUACGUGUCUCGACCCAAUAUCUCUGAACCAGCAGCCGUCGUGGAGCGGCCUAUCAACGUCGAGGACCCAGACGACGCAGAUGACCUUAUACUUGCAGCCCAGCUCUCGCGGAUUGUGUGCCGCAAGCUAGAGGUUAAAGCGUACCAUCAUUUGCAGUGUCUCCUUUAUGAUUGGGGGACGAUGGAGGACGGCAGGGUACUGACGUUCCUGCAGAGCCUGGGUCGCAUCCUCUUGACGUUACGCUGGCGGCUGUCCUGGUGGGCCGCCGUCCCGAGUAUCGUUGUUGGCGAUGGCACUCACGGCAGCAAAUCAGACGACGCGAACCAGCAACGAGUUGAGUCACGGGUCCGGUCGCUGUGCUGGAUCCUAUACUUCUACUACUGCGCCGUACGCAGGCGGCUCCCAGUGUCGGACAACGAGAUGCUGGCCGGCGUCUACACAGAGUACCCGGGCGCAGAAAAGGUGGUCUGGGACGACUUUCCUGGUGACGAGAGUAUCAAAGGGUUCGAGGCGUGGAUAGAGCGGGGCCGGGAGCUUAUCAAUGAGGCUGGAGUUUUGGACCGGCUCGAAAGAUGA